CGAAGACAUCUCCCGCUCGCGCGGGUCUCCAAACCACACGACCGCCAUGGCGCACGAGCUAGACCAGAAGAUCCAGGAUGUCUAUAAGCGCAUCGAGACGGAGCGCAAGGUUCUCGAGGCCUCCCGCCUCAUGCGCCAGGCCACCAACAACCCCGAUGUCCUCCGCAGGAACGACGCUCAGAUCCGCGAAGCCGAGCGCUCCCUCUCCUACUUCGAGGACACCCUCCGCGAGCUACACGCCCGCAAGAUGGCUCAGCAGCAGGGCCGCGACGAUCACAUUCGAUCCGGGAGCUCUGGCUCUGCAGGAGGCUCAAUCCCCGGGUCGCCCCACAUGGGGCGCCCGCCCGACGGCCGCUUCCCCGGAACGUCUUCCGCUUCCGAGUACGCUGCGCGCACUGGCCGUUCUCCUGAGAUGGGCUCUGUAGGAGGCUUGCCUACGGACGAUCCUUAUGGAACCUCGAAGCCCAAGACGUACACUAAUCUCGACCUGAUCAAGGCCGACACCCCACAUACGACCGCCAAAAUUUCGCGCAUGCUUCACCAUCUCGAGUACAAGCUUCAGGUCGAGAUGCAGUACAAGAAGGGUAUUGACAAGAUGGCGAAGUUGUAUCAGGCGGACGGAGAUAAGAAGUCAAGGGCGGAUGCGGAGAGCAAGCGCGUGGAGAGUGAUCGUAAGAUUCAGCUUCUCCAAACUGCUCUCAAGCGGUACAAAACGCUGCACAUUCUCGACGAUGUCGAGGAGGAUGACGAAGGAGCCCCGGGUCCCGUCGGUCCCGGUGUCGACGGCGAACGCAAGGACAACCUUCGUUCGAAACCUCUCUCCGGAAAGCUCCAAAUCACUCUUAAGGGUGCUCGCGAGUUGGACCAUGCCCCUGUUGUAUCAACAUUCCGCUCUCGUUCGGCCUCUAAGCAAAUGGAGACGUACGUAUCGUUCCGCGUCGAAGGGACACAGCGCGCCCGCUCGCAUCCCACCAAGACCGACCGCUGGAUGGACAACUUCGAGAUCACUAUCGAUAAGGCGAACGAAGUCGAGAUCGCGGUGUAUGACAAGCUGCCGAACGAGCAACAUCCAACGCUCAUCGGUCUGCUGUGGAUCAAAAUCAGCGACCUUGUGGAGGCACAGAGAAGACAGAAGGUCAUGAUGGAAAGCGGGCAAGGUGGCUGGGUCACUGCAGGUGCCAUGAACGGCGAUGCCCUUGGCUUUUCGGGACAGGCGGGGAGCGUUGGCGACAUGAACGCUCCUAUCUCCUUCGACGAUGGAAGGGUCGUUCCCCCAGGCGCCCCUGGUGGUCUUGGCCCUGGAGCAGGUCAGCCUGAAGGUAUUGACGCAUGGUUCUCUGUGGAACCUGCCGGUGCCCUUGCGAUGCGACUAAAUUUCAUCAAGGAGAACGUCCGGAAGCGGCCACUCGAUGCGCCUGGCGGUCUCGGACGUCAGGGUGCCGUUCGCAAACGCAAAGACGAGGUUCACGAGAUGAACGGUCACAAGUUCGUCCAGCGGCAGUUCUACCAAAUCAUUCUAUGCGCCUUCUGCAACGAGUUCCUACUCAAUGCGGCUGGAUACCAAUGCGAGGACUGUCGAUACACAUGUCACAAGAAGUGCUACGAGAAGGUAGUCACGAAGUGUAUAUCGAAGUCCAAUACAGGCGAAGACGACGCGGAAAAGAUCAACCACCGCAUCCCUCACCGGUUCGAGCCCAUCAACAACAUCGGUGCGAACUGGUGUUGCCAUUGCGGCUACAUGCUGCCCCUUGGCCGCAAGAACGCGCGGCGUUGCACCGAAUGCGACAUUACCUGCCAUGCGAAUUGCGCGCACCUCGUUCCCGACUUCUGCGGCAUGUCCAUGGAGACUGCCAACGCCCUCCUCCGCGAAGCCCGCGAGGUCUCCCGCCGUAAAGAGGAACAGAAACGUCGCCAGACCCAAGGCGUACCGGGCCCCACACGUGUCUCGCCCCAGUCGUCCUACCCUCCUCCGUCCGGACCACAGCCGCCAUACAGUUUGGAAGUCCCUCAGCCGCCUGUCGAGCAGAUGGGGGGGAUGCAGAUUGGUGACGUCCCUCAACAGCCCUCCCCACCGGACUACGGAUACCAGAGAGGUCAAAGUCCCGUUGUGCCUUCAGCGGAUCAGCGUCUGCCACCACAGGCAAUGUCCCCGUACCCGCCAUCCCCUGUCGUUGGGCCUGGUGGUCGACCGACUGGCCGCUCGCCCAUGGCCCCACCCUUCCCUACGGAGCCGCACGCCCAGCGACCAGCACCAGGGUAUGAGAUCCCGCCAAUGGUGCCAGAGGGCUACCAGGGUGCACCUCCGCCGCCACAGAAGCAAAUCUCACCCUCGAUGAGCCCUGCUGUAGGCGUGCCGCCUCGGAUGGCACCCGGCGAUAGGCAGCCUUCGUUGUCCUCCAUCCAACAGCCACAGCAGCAACCGCCAAGGCAACAACAGCCACCGGUGCGGAGGAGGAAGGUCGGCCUCGACGACUUUAACUUCCUUGCGGUGUUGGGUAAGGGUAACUUCGGUAAGGUCAUGUUGGCGGAGGAGAAGAAGACGAAAAGUCUGUACGCUAUCAAAGUGUUGAAGAAGGAGUUCAUCAUCGACAACGAUGAAGUCGAGAGUACGCGCUCAGAAAAGCGAGUGUUCUUGGCGGCUGCUCGUGAACGGCAUCCAUUCCUAUUGGGGCUGCACUCAUGUUUCCAGACGGAAACGCGUGUCUACUUCGUCAUGGAGUACGUUAGCGGCGGUGAUCUCAUGUUGCACAUCCAGCGCAAGCAAUUCUCGCUCCGGCAAGCGAAAUUUUACGCCUCUGAGGUGUUGCUCGCGCUCGAGUACUUCCACGCGAACGGCAUCAUCUAUCGGGAUCUGAAGCUCGACAACAUCCUUUUGACGCUGGACGGCCAUGUCAAGGUUGCCGAUUACGGUCUUUGCAAAGAGGAAAUGUGGUACGGCUCGACGACCAGCACGUUCUGUGGCACUCCAGAGUUCAUGGCUCCUGAGAUUUUGUUGGAGCAACGCUACGGCCGUGCAGUCGAUUGGUGGGCGUUCGGCGUCUUGAUGUAUGAGAUGUUGCUCGGGCAGUCUCCCUUUCGCGGCGAUGACGAAGAUGAAAUCUUCGAUGCCAUCCUUGAAGAUGAGCCGCUUUAUCCCAUCACAAUGCCUCGCGAUGCCGUCUCGGUCUUACAGAAGUUGUUGACGCGCGAUCCCUCGCGCCGCCUUGGCUCCGGAAAGGCUGACGCUGAGGAGAUCAAGAGACAUCCCUUCUUCAAGGACGUCAACUUCGAUGACGUGCUGCACAAGCGCAUUCCUCCGCCAUACUUCCCUACGAUCAAUGGAACCGCAGAUACCAGCAACUUCGACGAAGAGUUCACACGAGAACAACCCACGCUGACACCUGUGCAUACCCAACUGUCCUCACGCGACCAGGCCGAGUUCAACGGUUUCUCUUGGGUGGCGAGCUGGGCCGACAUCUGAGCGACACUGGUUUACAUGGCCUUUUCACGAUACUUAUUACGUUCCACCUGUUACGUCGAAUUGUGUAUGCACUGUCGUCUGUCGUAGUCCUUCCUCGCUGUACUUGGAUACCUGUCGUCUUGUUGAUGACGCCCGCAAACGCCAAUCGCCGCCCAGAGAAGUUCCCCUCAUGUAUCCAACGUCUCCCUCGCCAAUGCCUCAUUACGCUGUAUAUAGGUACUACUCCUAGGUAUAUGGCAUAUACCUCCCUCGCCGCCAAAUGUCGUGUGCCGAGUACGCCAGAUCCAAUCAUGAAUUCUCCUCUUGAACUGCUCCAAGGCCACCCGACUUCGACGCCGUCAAGAUGUGUCCUCCUGUACCGGGAAGGCCAUGCGGUUGUUGCUCUGUCUCUGCGGAGACGUCGCCGUCGUCACUGUGGCCACGCAUGAGCUCAUGAAAGCUCUGCCACAGAGCGGCAAUAGUUUCGUAUUCUCGUGUCAUCCCGAGGACCUCCUCAAGCUUCCGGUUGAGGUUGUUGCUGGAUGAGAGCAGCUCCUCGAAACCGCUGGAGAUUUCGGCUGUUAGCCUGUCGCGCUCUUUUUCAAAGAACGAUGUAUUUUCCUCCAUGAUAGUGUGCGGGCGCGGGUGCUCUAGAUUAGCCCGAC